GCUGAGAAAUGCCAUUGACCAUCGCUGAAGUGAAGAAGAACCUGAAUUUCAUUUGGGGGAAGGAGCGGGACUUGAAUGAGACGUAUGCCUUUGAAUUCGCCAGCAGCUGGUCCUGUGUGCGGAGCAAUGGCGGAGAAUCAAGGAGGUUUAAGCUCUCGUUCGACGCAGGGUCAUGUCGAUUGUGGUGGGGUCAGUCCUACUUCAUGGACCCUGGCGACCUGCUCCAGAAGCCCGAGAAAGUCCAAUGGUACCGAGCAAGUGACCCCAAGAAGAACCGCGCAGCCUUUCUAUGGAAGAGGCUCCGAGAAGCGAAAGCUCUUCCAGAGGUCUCUCGUGCAGCCCCGAAGCCGUCGGGGUAUCCGGUGGCGGCAUCGAGGCCUGUCCAAAUGGCCGAGCGAAAGGGGAUGUCCUGGAUCGAAAAGUCCAAGAAAGGGCCAUCGCUUCACAGCUUGCCCGAAGUGAUGCUCGACCUGGAUCAGGUGUUGGUCGUCUACAAACCACCUCACUGGAAAGUAGAACUUCCUUCAACUUCAAAGGAGGAUGGUCUGUAUCUCCCCAGCUGGCUACGUGAGAAGGUCACCGGCAUCGACCCCAAGCUCUUUGAAGUGGAGUCCAAUCCUGCGCAGAGCGGCACGGGGUUCGGUCCCCUGUCGCAUCGCAUUGACCAGGAGACCAGUGGACCUUUGUUGGCUGCGCGCACACCGGCGGCCCACAAACACCUGCGGCAGCAGUUCCACAAGACGGAGAUCUCCAAGCGCUACGUGUGUCUGGUGCAUGGUCGCGUCUCACAGGCGAAGGGCUUGGUGGAUGCCAACAUCCGAACCUUGCGCACCGAUGCCACCACCAGGUCAGAAAUCUCUGCAUCAGGGGACUGGGCGGAGACGCAGUUCCAGGUGAUUGCCACCUAUGGAAGCGCUUAUAGCUUAUUGGCUUGUGACAUCGCCACAGGGAGAACGCAUCAAAUCCGAGUGCACAUGCAACACCUGGGACAUCCCUUGGUGUCAGAUGACAAGUAUGCUUCAGAGCAGCUCGAAAAGGAUCGAUCGUGGUGUCCGCGCCUCUUUUUGCAUUGUUAUCACCUGCGCUUCAAAGAUACCAGGAACAAGGAGCAUCUCGUGACGUGUUCAUUGCCUGGGGAUUUGAAGGCGGCUUUGUCGAAGUUGGGUGCUGCUAGUGAUGGACAUAGCUCUGACCUCCUGUUUGAAGAGACGUCUUGGCAACGUGAGGUUUUUCGAGUGCCUUUGUCCGGGUGGCGCCCGGGCACUGAGGUUCAGAGGUGCGUAAGCGCGCUUCUUACUGGAAAGUCUGAGCCGGUUCUGCUGAGCGAGAUCAAUGAGGAUCCCGAGGUUAGAAGGCUGCUUGCAAAGGAGAAUCUGACUGCCAUCAGCAGAGAAUGGCUGGGGAAGAACUAUGAGGCGUUUGAAGUUCUCAACGUGCACGACGAUGCAAGCAUCAGCGUGAGACUGCGAGCAGUGGAUGAAGGUACCCAGUUGGAACAACAAAUUGAGGUCGUCCGAUCUGAGCUGGAAGAAUUCCAGAGGCAAAAACACAAGGCCAUCGCCCAGGAGCAGUACCUCCAAGCUGGUGAAAUCAAGAAGCGCUGCGAGGCGGCUGAAGCAGAACUGGCUUCACUCAUGGCCUUGGUGGGUGAGGAGGAGGGAAAGCAAGAAGGCCAUGCUUCCAUCAAGCCUGUGGUGGAAGCCUUUCGAGAAGAUGUCAAGGACGAGGUGUUGUUCCCUUCGCUGAGUUCCGGUGCGGUGCCAUCGCAUCGAGUCGCGAGGCGGCCGAAAGCUGAAGAGGUUUCUGCGGCGGAAGGUGACAGCUCUCCGAAGAUCAUCUGCUUGAAGGAUGCUUUGCUAUCUUUCCUGGAUGGUCGCGAAGGUUUCAUCGCCCACAUCAACGAGAUCAACAACGAUCGGGGCUUGAAGGAGGUGAUGGCUGCACAGCCGAAGCCCAUGAUGGCAAUCAAUAAGGUGUGGCUGAAGCAACACGAGGAGGAUUUUAGCUUGUUCCGCGCCAGCGACAACGAGAUGUACGUGGCAAAGACCGAGGCGUUAAAGGAACAGAAGGCAGCCAGGGCAAAGGCCGGGGAGGCGAAACGGCAGCCUGCGUACCAGCAGGUGAUUCAGAAAGCAGAUGCUGCGGCAGUGCCCUUGGUCUAUGAGUUCAGUUCCAAUCGGGCUCCUGAGGAGACCCACGGCACAGAACUUUGGUUCCAAAAGUUUCGAGAGGCGCUUCAGGGGUCUACGGGUCACACGACUAGCGAACUCCUGGCAAAAGUGCCAUUGUUUGCCACAGCCAUGGGUGCAAGUCGACCGCGACAACAAGAGGAGUUGUUGGUCACCUUCCUUCAAAACUACCCACAGAGCUUCAAGGUGGAGAAGAAGGGCUUCGGUGCCGAACGAACUUACCUCGUCUCUCUGCGGUGAUGCCGUCCGGCCUGAAAAAGAUCUGUACAUAGCAAGUUACACCGUUGGUUUCUGUACAUAAACUGCGAGAGCUUCGCGAUGGAUUCAUAGCCAAAGACUCUACAAAGACCCGAAACCCAAACACACAAAAUUGAGUGCGAG